AUGGCUGGUGCGACAGCGAAAAAUCCCUUGAGAAUCCCGUCGAUUCCGCCCGAGAUACUCAGGGAAAUUUUGUGUUUUGCGUCUCAAUCCACCCUUCUCUCUGCACGACUGGUCAACAGGAACUUCAACUCCCUCGCCACACCCUUGGCCUUCCGAUACCUAUUCCUCGGAUCAAAAUGGGACUGCGAUCGACUGGUGUGCGUAUCCAGAAGCCCCAAGCUUAGUGCCUUUGUGGAAGAGGUUGAGCUCGUCGGCUGGAUCGAAGAAGCUGAGUGCUGCGCCCAGCACUACCCAUGGAGAAUGCUCGCGGUCUUGCCAUACAUUAGAAGCUUCCGGAACCUGAAGUCUUUCUACCUCGGAAUCGCCAAUUUCAAUUUCAACUGGCAGGUCGCUGCCGAUUUUGGAGACCCAGCCGCGGCAAUCGACCUGAGAGGCGCCCUUCUCGACGCACUUUUCUUCUGCAUAGCUGGAGAGUGGACGGAACGAGAGCAUGCUAAUUUGUUGGAUUUCAUUACUCAACAGAAGAUGCCUGAAGACGAGGACGUGGAUGUCGAAUGGGUUCCUCCGGACGCGGAACCUGCCCGACCGGAUCUAGUCGACAUCGAUGAUGGCGAUCUUCAAGAAAUGAUAGAGAUGGAGUUCGGCAAGAAAAAGAAGAAUCCUAAGCCGCGAAAUCGUCCGCCCGACGCAAAGCUACUGCAGGACCCCCUGUGGCAAUCCUGGGAGACUCUUCUUGGCCCCGCCCUUCCUCUAGAGACGCUCAGCAUCGGAGGUCUCGCCCACAGCGAUGACUUGGGCACCUUCAACACUGCUGCGUUCAAGAAGAUUGCCUCCUUGAAAUCGUUAAAUAAAUUGAAGCUUUUGGUCUCCUCCCGGGCGGGUUGUUACGGCAAGUCUGCCACGGACAUGUUCCGUUCGGCCUCUCCAAUGCUUCACUUCCUGCCUAAAACCCUCCUUUGCCCCACCAUUGCAGACAACUUGAGAGUGCUAUCACUCUAUGGUCCAGAUAACUUCGGCUGGUACCCGCCUCUAGAUCUCCGACGCAUCAACUGUCAAGGCAAGUCUCCGCUCAAUGCAGGCUUGCCCAACCUUCGAGUGUUAGCAUUGGGCGGGUUUGCCUUCACGCAGACUUGGCAAGUCGAUUGGAUUGCUUCGCUGGGCAAGGGUUACGGAGGCAGCGGCCUGGAAGAGAUGUAUCUUGACAAUUGCAAUGUCCUCACCGAGGCUCGCAAGGUGCAACUACAGUCUGGCCAGAGAACUAUCGGACAAGAUCCUUCAGGUCAGGCGAUACAGGUCGACAACUCUGAGUUCCCGGACAUCGAAUCUAUUGUGACAAGGACUGGGUCAGAUCGAGUGCGCUACAAGUUGCGUUGGAAUCACAUUCUCAACUCAUGGCGUCAAAACAUGCCUGCACUUAAGGUCUUCAUCAUGGGUUGCGGAGAUCAUGACGAUAGCUGCCUUCGAUCAGUCGUUGAGGCCAACUACCCGGAUCAGCUACCCAUUAGGAGCGACCAUCGCCGAGAUCCACGCUUCCUUCGGCACGGUCAAAGGGCCUUUCUCAACUACAAUGCACCUUACCCUCCCUUUGAUAAUAGCGAGCCCGGGUCUGAUGACAACUACUACAAGAAGAGAAAUCGGCCCGAGACGCCGCAGUUCAAACACGGGGUUGGAAUGUUGGUGAAUUGUGCUUCACAACAUCCGUGGCUAAUCAGCGACCCAAUCUUGUGUUAUACCAAGUUCGACGGCGACAUGGAUCAUUACCCGUGGACACAGACUUAUUCAGAUGAGAUGCGAAGCAUGAUGUCCACGGGCAUGGAAGCUGAAGAGCCAAACACAGUGAAGGAGGAUAAGAAAGCUUACGAAAUGUUGCUUGAAACUAUUCGGACCAGAGCAACGUCUUGA